AUGUCAGGCCCAGGGACCGAGAAGUUGCAAGCAACUUUCAACCACGAAAAGGGCGUGGAGACUUCGAGCUCUUCCGCCGUGCCGAGCCAACACACGAACCCAUCAUCGACCUCUUUGAAAGAAACCAUGCAGAGCACCGGUGGAAAUGUCGACGCCGAAAAGGGCAAUGUCAGCGGCAGUGAUAACGCCCCUGUCCCAUCUGCACCGCCCACGGGCCCUGCCCCUGGCUCCGGGUUCCAUCCCUCCGACUUCCCUGACGGAGGUCUCGAGGCCUGGUUGGUCGUCUUUGGCGGAUUCUGUGCACUGUUCUGCACCUUUGGUCUGGUCAACUGCAUAGGCGUGUUCCAGACAUACUACGUCCGGGGCCCCUUGGCGUCGUAUGGUCAGUCCACGGUCGCCUGGAUCACGGCGACGCAGGUCUUUGGCAUGGUGUUUGGCGGCAUCGUCUUCGGCAGGAUGUACGACUCGUACGGCCCGCGGUGGCUCAUCAUCGGCGGCACGCUGGUCUACGUCUUUGGCCUGAUGAUGACGAGCCUCUGCACCGAGUACUAUCAAUUCUUUCUGGCGCAGAGCAUCGUCAGCGCCAUCGGCUCCAGCGCAAUCUUCAACUCGGUGCUCCCGACGCUCGUGGGAUGGUUCUUCAAGCGCAGGGCCGCCGCGUUCGGCAUCACCGCCGCCGGCUCCUCGCUCGGAGGCGUCGUCCUGCCCAUCAUGAUGAACCAUCUCAUCCCCCGCAUCGGUUUCGGCUGGACCAUCCGCAUCGUCGCCUUCAUCUUCCUCGCCCUGCUGACCGUCUCGGCGGUGACCGUCAAGUCCCGCCUACCCCCCAAGGCCAAGCCUCUUGUGCUGGCCGAGUACACCGACGCGUUCAAGGACCCCGUCUACGUGUUGACCCUGGCGGCCAACUUCCUCUUCUUCUGGGGCAUGUUCCUCCCCUUCAACUUCAUCAUCCUGCAGGCGGUCAAGGCGGGCAUGGACCCCAACCUGGCAGAAUACCUGCUGCCCAUCAUCAACGCCGUGUCCAUCUUUGGCCGGAUCCUGCCCGGAAUCGCCGCCGACAAGUUUGGCCGCUACAACAUGAUGAUCAUCAUCACGGGCCUGUCAGCCGUCUUCACCCUCGCGCUCUGGAUCCCGGGGACCACGACGGGGGCCCUCAUCGGCUUCGCCGUCGUCUUUGGCUUCGUGUCGGGCGGGUUUAUCGGCAUGGCUCCCACGCUCAUCGCCCAGAUCUCCGACAUUCGUCAGAUCGGUGUCCGGACCGGCCUGGCGUUUGCCGUACAGUCCUUUGGCGCCCUUACCGGGUCGCCCAUCGCAGGCGCCAUAGUCAACUCCCAGGGAGGGCAGUACAUUGGUCUGCAGCUGUUUUGCGGGCUGACCAUGGCUGCCAGUGUCGUUUUCUACUUUGCGGCAAGAUCAAAACAAUCUGAUCUGGGGAGGACUCACCAUACAGUCACCUGCAUCGGCAACCGAGCCUUUAUCUUUGGCGGCCAGCUGGCCAGCGGCCAACUAUGCAACACAGAUGUGCACACGGUUGCUCUGUCUACCAUAGAGUCCGACUCCACCCCUGCAAAUCCCGACGGCUACGUCAAGGUCUCCGAGCCCCAGAGAUACAACGCCCAGAAAUACAGCCGCUACCCAGCCUUCCCGCUCAAGGACGCCACCACAGGCGAGACUUUGCUGCCGGCGCCGAGAACCCGCCACGCCGCAGCCGCCCGGGGAGACUACGUUCUGAUCCAUGGCGGUCUCGAUGCCUCGGGCACGGCCACCUCAGCCGCCGACAAUGGCACCGAGAACCCCGCCACGAUCUGGCUUUGGGACUCGGGCAGCCUGAAGUGGGCGCGCAUCAACGCAACGGUGCAGAUCGGCGCCACGUUUGCUUCUCGCUGGGAUCACGCCAUCUUUGUCGACCAGACGCAGGACAUACUCAUCCUGCAUGGCGGUCACACCGAGACGGGACCCUCGGCGGAGACGUGGAUGUACGACUUUAAUUCGCUUACGUGGACGGAGCUGCCCUCCGCGCCGGUCGCCUCGCUCGCCUCGAAUGUGGCAUACACCAACGGGACACUCUUUUCGGUCUCGUCUGGAGACGGCGAGCUCGGAGGAUCGGUCCACUUCCUCAAGCUGGGCCACUCGUCUGAAGAUCGCGAGAAGCCGCUGUCCUGGGAGACGGUCGACUUCCCCGCGAACCCUCUGACUCCCGGACCCCGCAUCCGGAUCGGCGGCGCACUCGUCCCUGUGGCCACGGGCUUCGGCAGGCGGUACCUGGUGUACAUGUUUGGCAGUACGGAGAAGGCGGCGACUUCGGUGGCCGGAGACGUCGGCCCCUCCAUCAUAAGCAGCAGUAACAGCAACCCGAGGCAGCCAUCGAUGCUGCCCGAGCACGACAAGCCGCUCUACUCGGACAUUUGGAGUCUGCAGCUGCCGUCGGAGGGCUUCACCGCCUCGACAAUCAAGGAUGCGAUCCGCGACAGGAUCCCCGGCGUCAACUCAGGCGCCAUGACGUGGUCAGAGGUCGAGGUUCUCCCCAACGAAAUGGUCGGCCAUGAAGGCAAGGCGCACCCGGGGCCAGUUGCGUUUUUCGGUGCCGCGGCCUGUCUGGACGAAAAGGGUGUGUUCUUCUGGGGUGGAACCAGCGCCGACAGGAUGGUGCAGGAUGAUGGUUGGCUUGUAAAGAUUUCUUAG